UGAAUGAAAGGCAAAUUGUAAAGUGCUUUGGAUAAAAGCGCUAUAUAAAUGCAUCCAUUUACCAUUUUGGAUACUGAUAUAGAUACAAACAUUUUAAUUAUCCAUAUCAGCGAAAAAUGGAAGGUGUAUCUUCAUUUCUGUUUCUUUUUAGAUCAAUUAUCUACAAUUGUGGCACAACAGGAUAGUAAGGUUUUCUAGGGUGAGUGACUUGACUUUGAUACACAGCAGAAAUUAUGAGAGAGAGAGGCCGCUGAACUGAAUGUUCAUUUAGCACACCAUCAUUCCUUAUGUCAGGUCAUCUGGCAGUAGGUUCUUGUCAGAUAACAUCGUUGCGCCCCGGGCGGCAGCACUGCAUGGACUGGUGGCAGAUUGCUGCCUGGUCAUUGAGAAUCACUGAUCUACAUAAUAAAUAAUGACCACUACAUGCAGUGGCUGACUCUGUUGUAGGCUAUUGGCACACCACUUUUGUCACAAAAGUUGGAAAUUCCCACAGUGACAUUGCACCAGAAACAGACUGGGGGCCUCAUUUAUCAGACAUGUGUAUGCACAGUUUUGUGCUUAAACCAUGCAGACGCUCAUUUCUACAUACAGAAUCAAAUUGAUCAAUUUAUUCUUGUCCUUGAGAAUGUGCGUACAUUUAGAACCACUCCUGACUGACAAACCCUUAGUGGUACACAGGUAUAAUCACAGACAAAUUGAUUCCUAAAUUACAGACACGCAAACCAACUGUACUGUCAAUGAUGUAGUAAUGGAUAGGUUGUAAACUAUCAUUCCUGAAGAUGUAGUGUUGUGCUUCCUAGCCGAUACCCCCCUCCAAGCAAGGAUAUAUUACCAGAAGACGGCUGACUAAUGCCCUCUGACCUAGGUAUCAGACGGGUCUCUUUAUUCUACCCACGCAAUUAAACAUUAUGUUAGAGCUUGCUUAAGAGACCUAAGUUAGCUGACAAUAACCAGCUUGGUUGUAUCACUUCUUUCAGGCCCAAAAUGUCUUAGUAAGUGUUCAGAGACAGGAACCGAGUGUGCUGCAGUUUGUAGGAUAAUCUGGUGGUACCUCAGAUAGCCUGAGAGAGUCUCGAGAGUGGGUUCAAGAGCCUCGCCCGGUUUAACGAGGUGGUAUCAAGCCUCUUAUAACCCUAUCACUUUAACAAAAACUCCAAUUCAAUUAAAAAACUAAUCCUCAGUUCACAUACUAGCAACAUAUCAACUACAAAUCAACACCUCUAGCAACCAGUCAAAGUCAAAUCAAUGGCUGGUUAAGGCAGUUGGUCCAUUAGAGUGUCUGUUGUUCCUUGAGCAUUAUCAGAGGUGUCAAACAGUUCACUUCUAGUGAUGAACCAAAAAUAUAUCAUGUAAUUCUGCAGCUCUGCAGAGCUUUUUCACCUCUUAUAACAACAAUUUCACCAAUCUAGGAAGUGUCUCGAAUGCGGUAAUAUUUAAGCAACUAAAACAGUUGGUUAAGGUCCAGGAAAGAUGGUGGUUUUGGUGCUUUGAGUUGUCUAAACAGAACUCUAAAACCAUUCAUGCCAGGAGCAGAUAUUGUAGGAAAUGAAAUGAAAUACAGUGACAGUGAAUAUUUUGCAGAUAUGUUCAGUAUCAACAUAUCCUAUUACAUUACUAAAAAUAACGUAAUCUGGGAGACAUUACAUUUACUAGAAAACAUAUUUGCUAAUGUAAGUGAUGUUAGUUGUGUAUAGAUAUAGUUUUUAGUAGACACGGUUGGUAUUUGUCAUGUUGUUGUGAUGUUUUUCUGCCCCGUAGUGGCCAGAAUUAAUCAGUGUAGUUCUAAACAAUUCCACAAAUUUUAAUUAAAGAGAACUCUAACAUAAUGUGUUUUGCACAUGCUUUUUAUUAUUCCCUUCUUAUUUUAUAUCUAAAGGGGCGAUCACACAGAGAUGUGCCGCUAGAAACACGUCGCCAGUGAAACCAUUGUUUUCCUAUGGUAUGGCGCGCCUGGUAUGCGCUCUCUUGCAUUUUUCUAGCGGUUUUUAGGCACGCUUAAAAGUUUAAAUAUUCUCAACUUUUCAGCGCAAGGCGCAGUCACACCACUCGUCAGUGUCAAUUUGGCCCAGGCAGCCAAUCAAAUUAAGCAAGAGGCGGGCUUUACUACUUUGCCACUUUCUUCCUGUUGCUUGAGCAGCCAGGGGAAUCUCUCUGGUGAGUAUAAUGCCGUUUACUAUGCCUGUAAAUAGGCUAACUGUUGGACAGCAUUGCAGAGGCUCACGUAGCCCUGCUCCACAGGCGCACCAGCUGUUUUGGUGUUUUCGAAGCGGCUGCGACUGUAGCGGUGCGUCUCUGUGUCAUCGCCCCUUAACUCUACUACCAUCUAGGCAAAUUGGUAAUGAAGCUGAUCCAGAGAGAAUAGGACAAGGCAUCAAAGCUUGGACACUUGGAAUUGAUUAGCAUCAGAAAAGAGUGUUGCUCUCUGUUUUCUGUUAAGGACAGAGCUAUAGUAGUCAGUAGCAUUGUGGAUGUAGGAGUGCAGUAGGAAAUGGAGUGGGAUUAUGAGUACUCCAUUAGCAGUGGGAGUGACAGGGACUCACACUACUCAUGAACUGUAAAAUCACCCCUUUUCACACUAAAAGUGACUUCCUGUUGUGGUACCAAGAUCCAAAGAAUUGAUAACCAUGUUUUUUUUUAAAAUAUAUCUUUUAAAUAAUGUUUUAUGUAGAAUUUCAUGUAUUUGGUAUGUCAGUUUUUUCUGUAAACUGACAAGGAUGAAAAAUGUAUUUAUCUAGUGCCAAGGAAAAUAAAAUGAGCUUCACAGAAAACAAAGACCACAAUCACAUGAAAAACAAAGCUAAUCAAAUGAAAGGAGACAAACAAUGUAAAUGUUGGAGCAUAUCUAAUACAGCCUAGCAGAGUAUUCUAGCAUCUAAGAGCAUAAAAAAACUUAAGCAGCAUCACAAACUGUUGAUUUAACAGAAAGCGAGCAGAAGGCCUGGUCAGGCCUAACGGUGCAGGCCCACUGCACGCAAACUGACUGGCGACAAAAUCUGCACUCAUUCAUUGUCUAUGGGAAGCGACUAAUUAGCUGCACAAAACAUGCUGGGAUACCUGGUGUCGCAACCUAUCUGGCAGUGUAUGGAAAGCAUACAGGAUGGACGUGAGUUUAUAUGAAUUGGUCGCGUGCAGUGGGCCUCCACCGUAAGAGCUCUCUUAAUAGACAGGCACGUCAGAGGUACAGUACACUGUGGAGUAAAGCCACGAUGGAAACAAGAAAUGAACAGGUAGCUAAUCGGAGAUCUUGGAACUGAUGUGAUGUGAUCAAUUUGUCUCUUUCUAGUCAAACGUAUGGCUGCAGCAUUUUAAAUAGUCUGUAACUGGCCCACAGUCUUUUAUUUAGACCAGUGGUUUUCGAAGUCUGAGACUGUGGGCCUUCCCUCAGACAAAGCUUUGAAAAAGGCACCCCUCACCCCCUUAGUUUACUUUCUUGGUUUCGAUCAAUUCCUAGAUGCCUAUGGGGUCAUGAUUAUGUUAUUUGAUCCCACAGACAAUCAACAAUUGAGCCAAGAUAGCCUAAUAUUGUUGUUUGACAUAACUUCAGACUACACCAAAUACAUGAAACAGGUCUGUCCUAAGGCAUUUAUUAGUUUCUGACUCUGGGAAAGUGGGAAAAAACUAUGACUUGGCUAUUAGAUCACCUUUUGAUAACUAAUGUAAUAACUAUGUAAUAUUUUUUUCACUUCCAUUCACUGAGCCUCCCUUGAAACAGUUUGGAGCCCUCAUGGGAAGGCCAGCCUCCCACUUUGAAGACCAUUGAGUAGGGCAAUGCAAUAGUCUCACCGACCGAGUGAGAGUGAUAAAUGGCACUUUUAGUUAUAUUGCUGACAUGAUUCUGGAAUUGAAGAUCAGAAUCAACAAGUUUCCGACUGUGUGGUAGAGAGCACAAUUCCGGAUUUUGACUCUGACCACCAAUAACAACAACAAGUAUCUCUGUUUUGUCAUUGCUGAGUUGCAGACAGUUGUGGGACAUCCAAUUACUUCUGUCAGAAACCAGGUUUCCAGGGGAGAGAUAUAUUUACAACUAUUAUUAUAUAUGGCAUGAAUAUAAUAACAUAUAUUUUAUCUCCAGACACUAUCAAGACAACAGCUGUUUGUAAUCUGACAAACUACUUCCCCUCCUAGGAAGUUACACAGUUCUCCAGCAUGAUAAGCUGUGUAGUUAUAAAUGUGAAGUCUUCCAAAAUACAUAAUCAAAAUCUGCUUAGAUACAUAAUCAAAAUCUGCUUAAAAUCUGCUUAAAUCUGCUUAGGAGAUGCUACUGAUAAAUGCCUCUUGGAGCCACUUGAACUGCUGGUAAUCUCACAUUUAUAGAGGGGUCAUCAUGAAAAACAAUAAUUGAUGCGUGUCAAACCCACAUCGGCAGUCUAUCUGAAUGGGUCAGCCAACUUUCCACUGAGAUUCUACUCCUGACUAGUUUUGGACAAGAGUCGGACACUAACCAGUUUUGGUGAUCAGACAUCUCUGUUAGAAGAAAAUUGAUUUAAUUAUACAGUCAUUUAACCGACUCCCCAAGAGUUCUCCCGCACACAGAGUACAGAAAGAGAGAGAUGCAGCCUAGACACUCCAAAAUCAUAGGCUCCCCUUCCCAUCAAUUGAAUUACUGUACAACAAAUGCAUAAUUAAAAGGACAGGUAAAAUUAUGCCUGACUUAUCCCCCACUGCUCAUUAUCUGUUUCAACCUCUGCCCUCUGGGAGGCUAUACAGGUUUUUGUCCACCAAAACAACUCUGUUAAUGAACAGCUUUUUCCUGCUGCAAUAAGAACUCUGAUUUCUUAAUUUCUAAUCCUUGCAUCUUUCAUUGUGACAUAUGCAGCUCUUCAUUGUCCACCUUGGAAUAUUGUGAUUAUUAUUUAUUGUAUAAUAUGUCUGCCUAUAUGUUGUAUAUGAGUGUUUUUUGUGAAGUGAAACGCUUGCACAUGUGGGUAAAUGAGAAAGAAGAUGGAUGUAAUAUGAGAACUGGAUAUCAGAAGACGGUGCCCCUUCAUACAGAUAAAAAUUGUUCACGCAGGGCAUAACGCACAGAAGUUCUCUCUAUCCUCCUGCUUUGUUUAUGUGUUGUGUUGCCCACUGCACAUGCUGCACUGCCCAGAGCCCCUGGCUCUGCCCUUAGACCAAACACACAGACAAAGUACCACACUUAAAUACAGCUUUUCUAGGCCCUGGGAAAGCUGAACAAUUAUUAAAUCUUAAUGGUUUAAAAUAAUUGCAAUAACUGGUGUACUGCUGAUAUGAGAAAACCAUAGAGAGUGAUGGGCUAGUAGUUUAACCUGUGGGCCAGAGGAUUGAGAUGGACUCGCUGGUGUAAUAUCCCAGCAUAUCAGUGGGAUUGUAAAUGAAGAAUAAUGUCUGUAUCCAGCAUGUUUGUGCCCUAGAUCAGUGUUACCCAUUGUGCCUCUCUUGAGCCUCAUGCGGCUUGCCAAGCUUUAAUCACCGACUUUCAUGGUUGCAAAUAGUUAUUUGAUAAUGCAGCCAAUACACAUAAUUCCUAAAUACUCAAAACACCAAGACUAUUGUUACGGACAGACAGGCAGGGGACACCAAGAAGAUAGGACAGGCGUGCAGGUAUGGAGAUGGGGGAGUCUAUUGGAGGGAAGACUCGCUGGUGUGGAGAUUGCUGGAGAGGGAGAUCGCUGGAGAGGGAGAUUGCUGGAGAAGGAGAUCACUGGAAAGGGACAUAGGGGUUAUGCAGAGUAGCAUGGGAAGUCCUUGUUUCAAACGAGGUCGGACAACUGGCUGAGGUGAGUGCUGGGCUUUAUAUGCUGGCUGUGAUUAGGAGCUGAUGGGGAGCAGGAGUGUGAUAGGGAGCAGGUGUGCUUCAUCAGCAGACGAUGGAGACUGGCGUAUCCGUGACAGUACCCCACCGACGUGGUGGUCGUCUUCCACCACGGGGAGCAGGUUGAUCCGGGCGGACAGCCGGGGGUUGGGCAUGUGCGGAGCUGGGAAGUUCGGGUGGACGACCCGGAGCCUGGACAGGUGUGGAGUUGGGAGCCUUGGAUGGACGACCCAGGGCCUGGACCUGGGUGUUGCUGGGAGCCUCGGCCGGACGACCCAGGGCCUGGACCUGGGUGUUGCGGAGAACCUCAGGCAGACAACCCAAGAGCUGAACCAGGGUGGAGCUGAGGACCUCGGGUGGACGACCUGGGGACUGGCCUGGCGCGGAGCUGAGGACCUUGGGCGGACGACCCGAGGGCUGGCCUUGUGUGGAUCUAACUGCAUGAGCCCAGAGAGGGCAGUCACAUCUGGAAGAUGCAUAUGGUGAAGGAUCAGGAGGGCCUGGGCAUACAGAUAACAGGGGGGCGUGGCUCCAAACGCUCUCCUCAUGGCAUCAUUAUAGCUCAUGUAAAGGAGGGGGGCACCAUUCACAGGGACGGCCGUCUUCAUGCUGGUGAUGAGUUGCUGAUGAUUAAUGGUCAGUCUCUGGUGGGUCUCACUCAUCAGGAGGCUGUUGCUAUCCUCCGCUCCACUACUGGUCUGGUCCAGCUGGUGGUGGCCAGCAGGGAGGAGUCAGAUGUGGGUUUCGAGUGCUUCCCAUCCACCAGUCUGCCAGACCUUCUCAGGACCUGCAAUUCAUCAUCCUCCCUAUCUCAGACUGCUCCCCCUCCCUCAGCCCAGACCUCCAACUGCAGCACCAGUCUGCACAACCCCUACCUGAUGACUAACCUGGAGAAACUAGAAGAACAAAGUCAGGGAGAGACACCCAAAGGAUCCUGCUGCAGCCCCACACCCAUGAAGCUCAGCAGCCUAUCCCAGGGUUGGUACUUCACAGAAACAGGGGGGAGCAGUCGCCUGGAGUCAGUGGGUGAGGAUGAUGAGCUGUUUGUGAAGAAUGGUAUGAGUGGCUGUGAAGGAGUGGAGAAGCCUCCACCUGGUAGACGUAAACACUCCUUACCUCAACAACUAGAUACUGCUGGAGUGAGACAGGAAUAUCAGAUAAUUAAAAAAUCUGCCCGCUCCCUGAGCACCAUUCAAGUGGAGUCUCCAUGGCGACUGGCACAGCCAUCCAUUAUCUCCAGUAUAGUGCUGAUGAAAGGCCAGGGCAAGGGCCUAGGAUUCAGUAUUGUUGGUGGGCAGGACUCAGCACGUGGUCAGAUGGGGAUUUUUGUCAAAACCAUUUUCCCUCAUGGAGCUGCAGCAGCUGAUGGACGACUGAAAGAAGGAGAUGAGAUCCUGGAAGUAAAUGGAGAGUCUCUCCAAGGACUCACACACCAACAGGCCAUCCAGACCUUCAAGCAACUGAAAAAGGGUGUAGUGACAAUGACGAUUCGGACUCGUCUGCGCAGUCCCAGCCUGACACCCUGUCCAACCCCCACCCUCCUCAGCCGCUCCAGCUCACCCAACUCCAAUACCAGCGGGGGAACUCCUGUCCCCUCAGGGUUUGAAGAGACUGAUGGCCACAGGGGCCCCGUUCCUGGUCCAAAAGACUGCAUUAUCAUGGAGGUCACACUUAAUAAAGAGCCUGGUGUUGGACUUGGGAUUGGAGUUUGCUGUCUGACCCUGGAGAACUCUGCUCCUGGCAUCUACAUCCAUAGUCUGGCACUGGGAUCUGUGGCCAAGAUGGACAGCAGGCUCAGUCGUGGAGAUCAGAUUCUGGAGGUGGACUCAGUCAGUCUUCGUCAUGCUGCUCUCAGCGAGGCCUAUGCCAUCCUCAGUGAAUGUGGCCCUGGACUGGUCAGCCUCAUUAUAAGCAGGCACCCUAACCCCAAGGUAUCAGAACAGGAGAUGGAUCACAUUAUAGCUCGAUCCACACACAGGGACAAAAUGAGCAAAAACAGACACUCAUCUCACUCCCAAGGUCUGUCCUCCAAGAGCCCGUACCCAACAAUGAGGGACAGGCAGGGAGAGGGCUCCCCUUCUCUCAGCUGGACCAUGAAGAGAUUCCUCGAGCCUGCCAGUAGACAGGGGUCCCUGAGCUCAGAGACAGAGUUAUCUCAAUACUUCUCCCAGGACGUUUCCAACCACUCAUUCCUGUCUGAAUCCAUGCCGAUGGGCUCGAAAAGUGAUGAGGCACUCCACCAGCAGAGCUGCAGUACCUCCAUGGAUGACAACUCAUCACAGCCAAAUGCAUUCCCCCCCUCUCUAACAGAAGUGGAAAGUUGCCCUGUAUACAACGCAUCACAAGACAAAACCCCUGCCCCUCUUAAUCACCAUGUAGAGGCAGUUUGCCAGCCCAUUGCUGUCUCUAGCCCCACCUCACUGCGGAGCCCACUUCUCCGUCAGCGACGGGUGAUGUGCUUUGAGGAUGAGCUCAGUGAUGAUGAGGACUCCGACAACGUGGCAACAAAAUCUGACCCAGUUAACUUCAGUGAUGCCCAAGCAUCCCAAAAUUCCAAAACUGAUUCUGCAGUUGUCAUAGCUACAUCAUUGUUAGAUGGAGAUGGAGACUGUGAAGAUGGUAGGGAUUUGCAGAGGUGUGGAAGCAAUGAUGUGACAACGCCACUCUAUGGUAGUUUCUCACAGUGUGAGGAAGGUAUUACCAAUAAGUCUGAGUCACCUUUGAUGCCUAUCCGCUGCCCAUUUGACGACAAAGCAUGGGUGGCAAGCAGUAUGAGCUCUGGGUACAGUAAUUUGACCAUCAAUAGUGUGAACUAUACAAGUCAAGAUGAUGGACAGUUGGAGUCAAAGCGCUCCCCCAAGCUUGAGCAUAAAGCAGUGACGCGGGUCAAAAGUAUGAUGAGCACUGAAGCACCAAACCUGUCCCAGCAGCAAAAGUCCAAAGUUGAUGAGCCCUCUCUAGGCUUGGCCCCAUCCCAGCCCCCAUUCCAGCCCCCAAUCCAUGCCACACAGUGUGGAAGAAACCCCAGGACUGCUGGUGGGUUGAUACCCCUUCAGCACUGUAAGAAGGAAGAUGCCAGUGAGCUUGUGGGUGUUUAUACCUUUGACACUGUGACCCUUUGGAGAAGUGAGGAUGAGUCAUUUGGGCUUGACCUGGAGAUUAUGUCUUUCCCUCUGAAAGUUGUCAUCGCUGGGUUACAGCCUGGAGGUGCAGCAGAAAGGGAAUCUAGAGGCAAGCUGUGUCCUGGAGAUGAAAUUGUAAAAAUUAGAGAAAAACUGGUGUGCUCCUCUAGCUACCAGGAAAUCUGUGAGCUCAUGCACAACCUUCCUAGGACACUGUCCUUGGAAGUUAAGAGACCAGUUUCAGCUGUAGAUCAACUGUCCAGUUUGAUGUCAUCAGGGAGCAGUGAUGGAGUCACCAGACUGAACCCAGCCAGAUCUGUUCAGGAGACAUCUGAUGAAGGACAAGUAAUAAGUGCAAAUUCAGGGAAGUCCAACCACACAACCCAAACAGACCAUGACUUUCAAAUACCCAUCACCAACAUAGAUGACAUUUUAUCAGUGAGCCUUUGCAGUGAUAAAAAUACACACACCAAAUCCCCCUACAAAAAACUAUCUAAUGAGCCUGCAUCCUGCUGUUCAAGUCAACAUACUGUAACCUUGUCUGAGAAAGCUGGCAUUCAGGUUCCAAUACAGUCCAGUUCCCUGGACUGUUCCAUCUUGGAUGCAGAAAAUGAAAAAGAUGCCAUCCUCCCUGUGGAGACAACACAUAUGAACCAACUAAAAGAAAACAGCUCCUCUGUUUUCAAUGGAUCAAGUCCCGAAAGCCCUGAUGCUGGUUCUAUAUAUAUGUACCCCGUAGGAGAUGACAGUAAUUCAAACAGUGACUCCACCACUGACAGCAGUGUAAUGAUCAAUAAGAUGACCGGCAGUGGUGGUAGUCUUCAUGAGCCCUCCUCAGAUGAGGAGGAAGUGGAGCUUUGUUCCUGCGAUGCCCAACAACCUGCUGCUGGUGGACACUCUCAUUUAACCCAGUCACCAAAUGGAUCUUCGUCUCUACAGCAUGCCAGAAGUCAAAAUACAAACCUGGAUCAGACCUUUGAUGUGCAGGUCUUCUCUGAUGUCUCACUGACAAACAAAAAAACCUCUGUUACAAUAACACAAUGCUCGCAGCAUUCUCAGUUAUUAGGGGUCUUCCCUACAGAGCAAUCAUGUCAGUCUUCCAACCGUACAAUACCUAUGUCUUCUAUAGAGUGCCACAUUAAUAGUGCCAUUGAACCCUGUGACAAAGUUAAGGCAUGUGUGGCAUCUAGUUCUGGAAGCCUAAGCAUUUACAGCAGCCCCUCCCCACCAGAUACCCACAGUGUCACCCAGGGUUCUACUGCAAAUUUACAUGCAGAUGCCUCACUGCCCUCAGAUUUAUUGAAGCAUUUGAAUACACAAACACCCCAUUCACCAUCAAUGAAAUCAGAGACCUCAGGUUCAAGCACUGGCAGAUUGGAUACAAGAGUGUCAGCAUCAAUGAUAAACAAAGAAAAAGUCCUGGAGUGUAGAACUAAUUUAAACCCCGAUGCUAGAUCCUUGCUUAAGAAGACCUCUGGGCUAAAGCUCCUUGUUAAUUCAGACUGUCCUGUGUGGAAUAGUAACUUUAAACUUCAGGUUGAAACUCAAAUCAGACCAAACAUUAGUGCUCCCAAACUGAAGGGCCUAAGUAUUAAAAGUAAGAACAAACCACCGGCGCAGCCUCUCCAUCCCAGGAGUGAAAGUCCAGUUCGUUCAAACACGUAUGCAAACGCUUCCUUGAACCAGUCAACAAAAUUACCAUCAAUGGCAACCAUGUCCAGCUUUUUGAAGACCAAUAACCAGCCUGAUAUGAACAGCUGCCUUACUUUGCCCAAAGUAAGUGACAGAAGGCAAGUUGCAGCUGAGCACAGCCCUUCAGGUGGCACAUUACAAACUGUACAACUGGCCAUGGAGAAGGACAUCCAUUUAGUCUCCAAAGCAACAGCCAAAUCACACCCACCUGCCACUCAGAGAACAUUUAUAGAAGUUCGACUGUCUUCCUUAUCUGGUUUAUCAUCACCAGUUAUGGCACACAGUGAAACAGUUACUUCAAAAGACUCCAAACCCACUCAGAGAGGCACAGAUGCAAGAUUAGCACCUAUGCUUUCUCCUGCCAACUCUACAAUAGAAAAAACAAAUGACAUGAUCAGUAACACAGAAUUUAGUUCACUGUGUUCUACCAAAGAAACUCAUUCCACCACAAGUAAUAGCUCAAAACCCAGUACUAUUGUGGAGACAAGUGAGACCUUGAAGUCCAAUACAUCCAGACUGUACAUAAAGACAAUGGAAAGGCAAAGCUUCUCCACGGACACUGCCUUGACUGCAGACUACAAUCCCUUCUCUGUCCGACAUAAGAUAAAGUCCUUUGAAAACCUGGCUAACUUUGACAAGCCUGUGGCUAAAAGCAGUGAUAUUCAGUCCUAUGGUCUGGUAUAUAGAGCCUCACUUAACCAAAAGAUUGCUGGUUAUAUGGGCUUGGUUAAUUCUAAGGACUGCCAGGCACAGAGUUUUAGUUCUUAUGUGGAGAAUCUAAUCCCUACCACACCCUGCUCACCCCUUCUUGGCAAAUCUCCAUCCAACAUUGCACCGAUAAACCUUGAGCUUCCACAUUCAAGUUGUAUCAUAGCUCCCCUGACUGAGGACAAUCCUGAGGCUGAAGUUCAAAAAGCUCCAGAUGGGACUGCACCACAGACCCCUCAGAUGCGCCAGAGAAAACACGACAAACUUUUCCUCAGCAGGUUGCGACAGCUCAGGGCUCUCAGUAUGCCUGAAUUGGAAAAACUAUGUACAGAGGACUUUACCAGAGGACAUGGUACAGCCAUAGAUAAAACUGAGCCUGGCAUCCAUCCCAGUAUACUUAUGAAAGCCACAGUGACUGAGAGCUUUCCACCUUCUGCAGCCCUAACAAAAGUGAAUGUGAACAGGGUGAGCCGAGGUGACCUGAGAUCCACUGAAGAGACUCCUCAAGGAACCCCAGAGACCCAUGGACAACAACCUGGCUGGUCCAUCAGUUUAAAAGAGCUGGCUACUUCUCCUGUGAGUCAGUGUAAGCUGCAAACACUGCUGUCUUCCCUGACAAUUAAAUCAUACAUGUCGGCCCUGCUUCAGGGGGCCAUGGCCCUGUCAGAGGUUAACGAUAACACUCACCUUGUUGUCCUGUAUAAAGAAGAAGGCUCAGGACUUGGUUUUAGUAUUGCUGGUGGCAUCGACCUUGAGCAGAGAGCAAUAACUGUUCAUCGGAUCUUCAGCAAAGGUGCAGCUAGCCUCGAAGGCACAAUCCAGAGAGGUGACAGCAUUUUAUCCAUAAACGGCACAAGUCUGGAGGGUAAAACCCAUGGAGAAGCUGUGUCUUGCCUUCAUCAAGCCAGGCUGUCCAAUCAAGCCUUAGUAGUCAUUUGGAGAGAAAUGGACAGUGUCUCUGACAGACAUGACUCGGUUAGCAAGCCAAAGAGGAUGUGUUCUGCCAGGAAGAAGUUUUUGGAAGCAGGAGCAGUGAUGGAUGUGGGUCCAGAGUGUGCUUUAACAGUGGAGCGUCACAAGUCUUAUGCUGGCCUUGGCUUCAAUCUGGAGGGGGGGAAAUCCUCAAGCCACGGAGACAGGCCUUGUAUCUUUAAAGGAGGUGCUGCAGAGCUGUCCAGGCUCAUUGAAGUUGGCGAUGAGGUCCUGUCUAUCAAUUGCUGUUCUCUGGAGGGCCUCAUGCACCAUGAUGCCUGGAAAAUCAUCAAAGCCACUAACGAAGGGCCCAAGCACCUCCUCAUCCGCAAGCCCAGUACCUGACUGUAAUGAGCAAGGAAAUAGAAACCUCCUGAGAAGGGCCAAUAUUAAACACCCCUCCAAAACAGGGUAUGGACAGGUCAAAUUGGAUGGACAACUAACUGUUGUGGUGUAUAAUGCUGAAUUAUUAUUUAUUUCAGAUGGGAAGUGCAGUUUGUUUACAAUAGGUUUACUUUGGAACACUAAAGAAAAUUUGGUUGUCAGUUCUUUUUUUUUUAAUAAAGUCAGUAUGUGAAAAGAUCUAUGGCUGGUCAUGGUUAUAGCAUUCAUGCUAACAAUUGUUAAUAACCACAAAUUGGGAAAAAAGUAGCUCAACAAAUUGUUAUGGUCACUCUAAGUUUUGGAUAUGGAACUGUCCUACAAACAAUUCAAAGUCCUCACCAACAUUUCAAACCUUUUAUUAUAUGGUUGUCUACUUUAGUUUUACAACAUAUUAUCAGUUUAACUAAAGCUGAGGCCCACAGAGCCUGAGGAACAACACAGCACAUAUUCUUGACUUCCUUACAGUCAAGAAGAAAUAGCCAUCUCAUGUUAUUCAUCUCUGAAGCUUCUACUGUUGAAGCUUCCAGACUACCUCACAUCUCUUCUCUCAUUUAAAUCUAGUAACUACAGAACACAAUCCAGUAACUAUCUAACCUUAGAUAUCCCUCAUGUACGCACUAAUGUUAGCAGAACUGGUUUCAGGUAUAUGCACCUUUUUAAAUGGAGUGAACUGCAAACUGCCCUCAAACUACAGUCUUACAUUCCCCUUGGUGAUUUUACAGCUUUAUUAUCUGAUAUUUUUUUAUGAUUCUUGUAACUGUUUUGACUAAUUCCUUGUUUAUUGUGUAGUUGAGUUUAUUCUGUUUGCUGAUUGUGUUCUUGUGAAUGUUUCUUGUUCUCAGGUCUCUCCUGGAAAAGAUAUCUUAAUCUCAAUGAGACUGCCUGAUUAAAUAAAGAUUAAAUAUAAAAAACAAACAAACAUAUUUGUGCUAUUAUUCUUACAAUUAAACGUAAAUGAUCCUAAAUGUUAAGACUUGGUCUCAGCUCCAAAAUUAUUUAAGAGGGCUCCAGUGGAAGGCUCUCUUAAGUCAGUUAGGAGUGACCAGCAGAGUGAGCAGCUGCACACUUAAAACACUCAAUAUGGAGUGAGUCAUGGAAAAAUGAGAGACAUCCCGCAGAUAGAAACGAAUAAAAGAGCAGGGAGAGUUAAUAGAUCAUUAGAAUAGUUAUAAUUUGAAUAAGUUCUCUUUCAAAUCAAACAUCUUAAGAUAUGAGUGGAAAGUUUUGUUCUUGCAACUGCAUUUCUAA